AUCCACUGGUGCAGCCCUUCGCUGGGUAUGGUUCUCUCCUAACGAAGAAUAAUAAAGUCGCAAGGAAGCGAAUUGAGUCAUCAAAAACGAUUCUCCAGCGACGACUGAUCUAUCAACAUGGAUUCGACUUAUAAAGCUCGAAAAGAGGCGUUUGUGUCGAAUCUCGCAGGUGGUAGCAUCCUGGAAAUCAACGCCGUCACCCUCAUUGCCCCUGCUUCGGUUCUGCUUUGGUCGGUGCUCCAAUCUCGUCUCUCCUUCUUCAAUCCGUAUGGUGCGCCGGCAUUGGUCACCGAUUUCUUCCUGAAUGUAUUAUCCAUUCUCUUUGCAACUACGCUCUAUGCAUCUGCGCCAUGGACCCUCAAUAUACUCCUAGUCCUUCCGGCUCUCGGAUUACUCCUAACCUCGACACCGCCCCGUGCCCAACAGAAAGCCAAACCUCCGCGCUCUUCCCCUGUAGCUAAGAAGAAUGCCCCGAAGCAAGCAUCUGACUCGUCCGAACCAUUGCCCGUUCACCCUUUUCUCACGACCUAUCGCGCCGCAAUGAUGGUGAUCACCUGUGUUGCUAUAUUGGCUGUUGACUUCCGCAUCUUCCCUCGGCGGUUUGCGAAGGCUGAAAACUGGGGUACAUCGCUUAUGGAUCUUGGAGUCGGGUCGUUUGUAUUCUCUGGUGGAGUGGUGUCUGCUCGCUCGGUACUGAAAGGUCGGAAUAACCGUUCCAAGAAGACUCCCCUCUGGCAGAGGUUGACGGCAUCUACUCGACACUCGAUUCCUUUGCUCGUAUUAGGGUUGAUCAGGUUAUAUAGCGUCAAAGGUCUCGACUACGCGGAGCACGUAACCGAAUAUGGGGUACACUGGAACUUUUUUUUCACACUGGGUUUCCUGCCCCCAUUUGUGGAGGUGUUUGACGCCAUAGCCACGCUCAUUCCGUCUUACGAGAUCCUCUCCCUGGGUACUGCGAUCUUAUACCAGGUAGCCCUAGAAUCCACCGACCUUAAGCGCUAUAUUAUAGUCGCCCCCCGCGGACCGGAUCUGUUUUCUAAGAAUCGGGAAGGCAUUUUCUCCUUUCUGGGGUACCUUGCGAUCUUCCUUGCUGGCCGUGCGAUUGGCAUUCGAAUCAUCCCGCGCGGAACGUCACCCUCACAGUCACCCCAACAGGCCAGGAAGAGCACGCUUCUUAGCUUGGGACUGCAGACUUUGAUCUGGACGACGCUUUUCGUAUUUAAUUCUACCUAUGCGAUGGGAUUGGGGGCCAAAAUUCCAGUUUCGCGCCGUCUGGCUAACAUGCCUUAUGUGCUCUGGGUGUCUGCCUUUAACAAUGCCCAACUCUUUCUCUUUUGUCUCCUCGAGAGUGCAUUCUUCCCCUCAGUUCACCGGGAGGCUGGAAAGGACGGCGAACCCGAGCGGACAUCAUUUGCGACAAGUCGCAUCAUGACGGCCUUUAACAAAAACGGAUUGGCGUUGUUUCUCGUAGCAAACCUCCUUACGGGAGUAGUCAAUCUGAGCGUCCCGACGCUCGAUGUUACCACCGCGCAAGCCAUGACUGUUUUGAUCGCAUAUGUGGCCGCCAUAACCGGCAUCGCACUAGCACUGGACCGAGCUAACAUUAAGCUCAGCCUGUGAAAACAUAGCGGUCGCAUACUUUCUAUAUAAAGCUAUGUAGAAUACCAAAGAAUAGAUGUACAGUACAUACUAGACGAGACAAAGUAAGCGUAACCAAUUAGAUUAGUGAUGCGAAUACAGUGGCUUGGCGCUCGACCACAUGCUGAACCG